AGUAUACUGACAUGAGGAGGAGGGAAGUCAGCUGACACCAUAAUAAGGAAGUGUGGCUGGGGCAGUGGAAGGAGCCCUCCUGCCUUGGUUGCUGUAUGAAGAAGUUUCCUGGUGGCGGAAAAUUGCUGCUGCUGCUAUGAAGACUUUGGUGUCACUCCUGCUGCUGGGACUGUCGUUUGUCACAAGUGCAGAUUGCACAUUUCGAUUUGCUUCGUACUAUGGAGAUCACAUGGUUCUGCAGCAGCAGCCGGCACGUGCCGUUGUCUGGGGGUACGGUGAGCCUGGUGCCGAGUUGACAGUAUCACUUGAACCCGGAUUGGAACCUGGAUUGGGACCUGGAUCUUUAACUAUCUCAAAGACAGCCGUGACCAUCAAUGAUGAAGGGGUGUGGAAGUUGAUGCUGCCCGCCAUGGGUUAUGGAGGUCCCUACCACUUGGUGGCCCAACAAUUUACAACCAACACAACCACCAUCUACCUGAAGGACAUCCUAUUUGGUGAUGUCUGGCUGUGCAGUGGACAGAGCAAUAUGGAGAUGACCGUAUCGCAGAUGUUCAAUGCCAGUGAAGAGCUGAAGAUGGCCUCUGAUUACCCUUAUAUACGACUAUUCGCAGCUUCCCUAGAACAGUCUGAUGUAGAACUCCAAGAUCUUAUCAAGGUGGACCUGCAGUGGUCACUUCCAAGUGCCGGAACCCUCGGACAAGGCAACUUCACCUACUUCUCGGCUGUUUGCUGGGUGUUUGGGCGGCAUUUGGCACACAGGCUGAAAUAUCCAAUAGGACUGGUGGAAUCCUCCUAUAGCGGCACUCCGGUUGAGGCUUGGUCAUCGAAAACUGCUCUGAAAAAAUGUGGGCUGUCAAAUGCAGCAGACAAUUCAUACAGUUUUAAUUUCUUUGACAUGAUGGUUGCCAGUUCAUCCAUGUACUCAGUCUUGUGGAAUGCCAUGAUUCACCCCCUCAUCAACAUGACCAUUAAAGGAGCAAUAUGGUAUCAAGGGGAGCAGAACACAGAGAUUAACACGGAUCUGUACAAUUGCACUUUUCCGACCCUCAUCUCAGACUGGAGACGUAGGUUCCAUGAGGGCUCCCUCGGCCAGACAGAUCCCAUCUUCCCCUUUGGCUUUGUUCAGCUGUCUACAUACCAGAAAGCCAAACAAAAAGACAACUAUCCUGUGAUCCGAUGGCACCAGACUGCAGAUUUUGGCUACACACCUAAUUCAAAGAUGCCAAACACAUUCAUGGCUGUGACAAUGGACCUCGGAGAUGAAAAGUCACCGUACGGCAGUGUUCACCCACGGGAUAAAGGGACGGUGGGGUACAGGCUCUACCUGGGGGCACGUGCCAUCGCCUACGGCGAGAAAGAAGUCCAGUUUCAGGGUCCGUUUCCAGUUCGUAUUGACGUCUAUUAUGAAUACCUGUACAUGAAUAUUACAUACGACCAGAAGCUCCUAAUGACUGGAACCUGCGACAAUAUGUUUGAGGUAUAUUGCAGCACUGACAAAGGCAAAAGCUACAAGUGGGUCCCUGUACCGGCCUCCUAUCUGGUUAUAUCUCCAAAAAGAGUCACCAUCUCAUUUGAUGGAUGCCCUGAUGCUCAAGGAGUCCGCUAUGCCUGGAAUGACUGGCCAUGCGAGUAUAAGCGAUGUUCACUCUACAGCGUCCAAAAGAAACUUCCUGCUCCUCUCUUUGUGAAAUAUUUUGCCACUUGAACCCUCUGUUCUGAUUUCAAUUACCUCUACAUUUGACACCUACGUUUAUCAAAGUGCACUGAUCAUUGUCUGCAGCUGCUGAUCAAUAGAAAAUGUUCAAACCUGUCGAAUAAAAAAUAGGGGAGGGGUAUGAAAGGCACGGGUAAAUAUGGUAAAGUAUAGUUCCA